AUGCUGGCCUCUGUGGGACAAGGGUACAAUACAACCCUCCUGCUUCAGGGCCAGGAAACAGAGGCACUCAGGUUUGUGCCACAGGUCCUGCAGAAGCUGUUUGAGGAAGCUCUGCCUCUCUGCAGCUCUGGCCCUGUGCUUUGCACUCUCGGUCUGGUGCAGAUUAGCUGUAGUGGACAGGCUCGGGACCUGCUUUCCCCAUGUGUGGAGGACCUGCCAGUACUGGAUGUGGCCCCUCUGGGCUUGGUGGUGAAAGAUGCCAGUGAAGUGGCAGUGUCUGAUGCCCGAGCUGCCUCUGAGCUGUACCUAAAGGCUGCUGGGAGUGAAGACAGAGACUGCCCCCUGCUGCGAGUACUGGCUGGUGCCACUGCUGGUGAGGAGGUGGAGGGCUCUCUGCCUUGGAUCAUCUCCUGGCUCCUGGAAGCAAAUAGCUACAGAGGUGUACUUCUUCGUCUGGACCUCCGAGGUAGCUCCCCGAGUUUGCUCCAGAAUGCUCUGUUGGGGGCUUCAAGACAGAGGAUACAGGUGAAUGACGUGAAGCCCACCCUGUGGGAUGCAGCGGAGGAGAUGAGGGCCCGCAGGGCCACCCUGAAGAUACUGCGCUUAGGCCUUCUUGGAGACACCUUGACAGACGGUGGGUUGAACCAACUAGGAAGGGCACUCUGGGAACUACAGGUGGUAAAAGCCUGGGGCCCAAGAAGCCAUGUCCCCAAACGGGUUAGGGAUGAGACUGUGAGGCUCCUUGAACCCCAGGUUAAAGGUGAGCCACUGAACUACUACUAUAAGCAGGGAAGACACUCCAUUCAUUUGUCAGAGGCAGGAAGAAGAGGAUUUCUAGGGUCUGGGCUCUGCCUAAAGCAUCCCCUCGGGCACUGUGAGAAACAGGCCCAUCAGGCCCCAGAUGUGGCCCUGCAGUUCUUUCUGGCCCAGGCCCGGAGGCAGAGACUUCGAGAGGAACACCAGAUUAGGAUCCAGGAAGAGCUGAAACAUUUGGAACACCGGAAGGAAGUGGCCUGUGAACAGGUCAAAGGUACAGUGGCAGAAAAGGCUUGCAUGGGGAGAGAGAGUCAAAUGAAGGAACAGGCAGUGCUAAAACUUCAGGUGGAAGCCCUGCAGGCAGAACGGGAUGUGGCAGAGCAAGAUCUGGUGGCCCUAUAUGACUUGUAUGUACGGGCCACCCGUGCUCGGACAUGCCACUUGCUGCAGGUAUUCCAAGCAUGGCAGAGGAUGUGGGAGGAAAAAGCCAUGGCCACAGAACAUCACCACCGCAGUCUGCUGGCUGGCAUCCUCCAAGACUCCAUUGAUCUGGCCUUGAAGAACCAACAACUCCAGGCCCAGCAGCGUGAGCCUAGUGCUGACAGGGCCAGCCGUGCUGGAGCCCUGCCUGGAGAGAAAUCGGAUCCAGAACACUCCGGGGCUACUUUCCUUUGUCCUCAUUCAUGA